CCUUCAACAACAACAACAACAACAACAAAAACUUUGAAAAAUCAAAGAAAACAAGAUAAAAUGGGAAAAAAAAGUCCAGAAACGUAAAACAGGUGAAAUACAGAAGGUAAAGUUGACAAUCACUCCCAAAAUUCCGUCUUUCUCUCUCCUCUCUCUAUCUCUCUCUCUCUGCCAACCUCAGUUUUGUUCAGGGGUAGCUGCCACGUUUGUUUCUCCCCAUUUUGAUUUUUUCUAUCUUCCUUUUUUUUUUAUUUUCAUGGCGGCUUCUUUUCCCUCCUUCCUUCUUUGUUCUUGAUUUUUCAAUUUCUGGGUUUUCAAAAAAAAAUUGAUUACUUUUGUGAGUGAAAGUUGACCUAAUCAUCAUCAUUAGUACUAAUCCAAACUACCCAGAAAAAGUUUCAUGGUAGAAACCCCAAAAACCCUUCAAAAAUUCCAGCUUUCUUUUAAAAAGAAGUAGACGGCGGAGGAGGAGGCGGAGAUGGGCAAUUCAUUUGGUUGCUCCGCCUCCGGUGAGCGCCUUGUGUCGGCGGCGAGAGACGGUGAUUUGGUGGAGGCUAAGAUGCUUCUGGAAUGUAACCCGUGUCUUGCUAAAUACUCUACUUUUGGUGGCCUCAAUUCUCCUCUUCAUUUUGCUGCUGCUAAGGGUCACAAUGAGAUUGUGGCAUUGUUGCUUGAGAAUGGUGCUGAUGUCAAUUCCAGAAAUUAUUGUGGACAGACGGCUUUGAUGCAAGCAUGUAGAUAUGGGCAUUGGGAGGUUGUGCAAACUCUUCUGCUCUUUAGAUGCAAUGUUACUAGAGCAGAUUACCUCAGUGGUAGAACAGCUCUUCAUUUUGCAGCUGUUAAUGGACAUGUGAGAUGCAUAAGGCUGUUGUUUGCUGAUUUUGUGCCGAGUGUACCUUUAGAUUCUUUGAAUGGUCUUAUUGCCGAGGGUGGUGAAGGAUCCAAUGGGAAAAACAGUGCUUUGGCAAAAUUUGUAAAUAAGCCAGCUGAUGGUGGUAUCACAGCUCUUCACAUGGCUGCAUUGAAUGGGUAUUUUGACUGCGUUCAGCUUCUCCUUGAUCUUCAGGCAAAUGUAUCAGUUGUGACGUUUCAUUACGGCACUUCAAUGGAUUUAAUAGGAGCUGGAAGUACACCUUUGCAUUAUGCUGCUUGUGGGGGAAAUUUGAAAUGCUGUCAGAUUAUGCUUGCAAGAGGUGCCAGUCGCAUGACUUUGAACUGCAAUGGAUGGCUUCCAGUUGAUGUUGCAAAAAUGUGGGGACGCCUUUGGCUCGAACCUUUACUUGCACCAAAUUCUGAUUCAGUUAAUCCAGUAUUUCCUCCUUCAAAUUACUUGUCUUUGCCUCUAAUGAGUGUACUGAACAUAGCAAGAGAAAAUGGGUUGCAGGCAUCGGUAUCCUCCUUUGAUGAAUCAGAUAAUUGUGCUGUAUGCUUGGAGAGAGCGUGUAGUGUAGCUGCUGAAGGUUGUGGCCACCAACUAUGUGUCAAAUGCGCGCUCUAUCUUUGCUCUACAUGCAACAUUUCUUCCGAGACGGUAGGCCCACCGGGCUCAAUCCCCUGUCCACUUUGCAGACACGGGAUCAUCUCCUUCGUUAAACUUCCGGGUUCUCUCGAAAAAGAGAUAAAACUCCCGCUCUCUCUCGGGUUCUGCACCCCGUGCAUGCUCCAUCCUCGUGAUUCUUCUGAUAGGUCAACCGCAACCUCAACUCCAGACAUCCGGAAAAACCGGGUAGCUUCAGUUUCUUCAGAUAUGUUCUGUCCCGUUUCUUGCAGUCCGUUCCCUUCGGUUACAAUCCCGUUAUGCAACUGCAAUGAGGGCCCGUGCCCGCCGUUUGAACCCCGAGAUUUGGGACGAACGGGUGAGGGUGAGUCACCACCCCGCCAUUCACAAGGGACGGUUGAUUCGGAUAAAAUGGAAGGUCCAAGAAUUGAAAGAACGAGUUGUUCGAGCAUGUUCUGGGGACGAAGGAGCUGCAGCAGAGAACAUCAGUGCAAUUCCGAGAUUAAUGCUUAGGUAAAAAAAUGGUUAAUUUGAUAUUUACCACUGUUUAAGUUUUAGGUUUUUGUAUUUACCACCUUAUAAAAUGUAAUUUCAUACUUACCACCUUAAUUUUAUGAAAUGUUUUAAUUUCACCACCUUUUUAAACGGUUUUCAUCCAACUUUCUAUCCAUAUGGAUGAAAAAUCGGAUGAAAUUCGUUAAAAGGUGAUAGAAUACGAACCUUUUCAUGAAAUUAAGGUGAUAAAUAUGAAAUUACAUUUUAUAAGGCGGUAAAUUUACAAAAACCUGAAACUUAAAAAGGUGGUAAACAUGAAAAAAAUCUUAGUAAAAAUUACACAUGUAUUAUUGUGUGCCUUCAUUCUUCUUCGACGUUUCAUUCGAUUAGCUGUUUGCUGAUGUAUUUAAUAGAAUUAGGGGGGAGGAGAAGUGGUAAUUCUGCUGUAGUGAUUAGGGUUUGAUAAAUUGGGGGGUCUGUAAAUUUUGGUGUCAAAGAAUUGAGUUUGCUGGGAUGCUCCCUUUUCUUUCUA